GCAACUUUGCAAAAUGAGGUAUGUAAGCACAAACUAUAUAGAAACGUAAUUGUGCAUGCAUGUUGUGACAGGUUGAAAACUUAAGAAUCAAAUUUGAAACAAUCAUGCGCUCGGUAUAUAGAUGGAAAAUAAAUUUGAACCAGAUGAAUUACUUAAAAUUGUUUUAGUUUAAUGCAUGCUGUAUUGAAGAAAAAACCUGCUGCUCAUCUCUACGGGAGUGGUGUCGCCAGUACUCUUUCAAGCGGUACUGUUACCUACUGGUCAACUAGUACAUUACCUCCAGGUUUUCUUCGAGGAGGAACUGUCUACAAUAAUGGAUACAUUACAGUUCCACGUGACGGAUUGUAUUAUGUAUAUUCUCAAUUUUGGUAUGACCGAAGUUCAGGUAGCAGUCAAAAUUACUGUUCAUUUUACAUCAAGUUGAACGACAGCAACAAUAUUGGCAUAACUAGACACUAUCGGCAAAACCCUAAUGGUGGCGACGAAAGUCAAUAUACAGGAGUAACGGUUAUGCUGACAGCUAACGACCGGCUCUCUGUGACAGUGGGACAUACGUGCAGAUAUGAAUUUCACACGGGUGGCUCUACGUUUUUCGGAGCUUUCUACAUUGGUUAACUCUUAAAACAUUCGGUGAAAGCAGUACAGUCGCUGUCUCUCUCUUUAUGACAUUGUUUGCGCAAUUUCUCUUUGAAUUACUGAUUGCUGUUACGUCCAAUGUGUCUGUUUGCACAUUUAUGGUAGAAUUAACUUCACACAUAUUAUAAUUAUUGCGGUACCGACGGCAACAUCUGUACGUUAGUCAUUAUCCUACGAUAUA